UUUGAGUUGUUGUUUACCUUGGCUUUGUCCACACACAAAAGAAUAUCUCCAGUUUACAAGUAGUUUCGUCUUCAGGAACAGUACUAGUAGUUUACCCGGAUGAAAGAGGAAUAGUGCUAGUAGUAAAAUGCUCCUUUCUUGUAUUUUAUCAUAGUUCAGAUGGCGGUGUGCUGGAAAAUUGUAUCUCUGGUGGUCCUAGCAAGUUUUUUCUGUUCUUCGAUUGGACAAAACAACAAUGACAAUGUGGAUGUCACUAGCGCAAUUAAUACGACCGUGCGGCCGACGGUAUCCACCACCCCUGCUGCAGAGAAGCCAGUUGCCUGCCCCACUGAGCCGGAGAAGCACGAUGAGGAACAGCAAGCUAGUUUGCACAUUUUCUUUCUGCUAAUCAUUCUUAUGUUUUCAAUCUUCAUGACACACAUACUGAUCAAGUUCAAAUUUCACUAUCUGCCGGAGAGUGUCGCUGUAGUUGUCAUCGGUGCCAUGAUCGGCUUGGUGAUGAACAAGACCGGCAAGAACUUUGAGGAUUUGGAGCAGUUUCAGCCGCAGACUUUCUUCAUUGUUCUUUUGCCACCCAUCAUAUUUGAGUCAGGAUAUUCUCUUCACAAGGGUAACUUCUUCCAAAAUCUGGGUUCCAUCUUGGUGUUUGCUGUCAUCGGCACUGCAAUAUCUGCGGUGGUAGUGGGAGGUGGCAUGUAUGGCUUGGGCCAGGUUGGCCUUGUGUACCAGUUCACUGCAAUUGAAUGCUUUGCUUUUGGUUCUCUGAUAUCUGCUGUGGAUCCUGUGGCCACACUUGCCAUUUUCCAUGCGCUGGACGUCAAUCCAACACUCAAUAUGUUGGUGUUUGGAGAGAGUGUGCUGAAUGACGCGGUGUCUAUUGUCAUGACUAGGACUAUUCUUAGUCUCACCACUCAGGAAUCAGGUGGAGCAGCGUCCGUGUUUAGCGCCAUCUGGAGUUUCAUAGCCAUGUUCACCGCAUCAGCAGCCAUUGGAGUGAUCUUUGCUCUUGCGAGUGCAUUCUGCUUGAAACAUGUCAACCUGCGCAGCACGCCGGCGCUGGAGUUCAGCAUGCUGCUCAUCUUCACCUACAUGCCGUAUGGACUGGCAGAGGCGUGCAAGCUCUCUGGCAUCAUGUCGGUGUUGUUCUGUGGCAUUGUGAUGUCGCACUACACUCACUUCAACCUGUCACCGGUCUGCCAGGUCAAUGUACAGCAGGCAUUCCGCAGUAUAGCUUUCAUGGCUGAAACUUGUGUCUUUGCGUACCUGGGCAUGGCUAUUUUCAGCUUCAAACAUACCUUCCAUGCGCCCUUGAUAAUUUGGAUAAUUUUUCUGUGCUUUGUUGGUCGAGCACUGAACAUCUUCCCUCUAUCAGCUUUAGCUAACCUCUUCCGACAGGUUACUAUUGAUCGCAAGAUGCAGUGUAUUAUGUGGUUUAGUGGUCUUCGCGGCGCCAUUGCCUUUGCCCUGGCAUUGACUCUCGAUUUCUCAGAGGAGAAGCGCAGUGUGCUCGUUUCUACCACGCUGGUCAUUGUACUCUUCACUAUUUUAUUCCUAGGAAGUAGUACAUUACCGUUAGUAAAGUACUUGCACGGCAUAGGCAAUACGUACACUGCACCUCAGCUAAGAAAUGGCAAUGGCAAUGCUGGUGGUGCUGGUGCUGGUGGUGGUGGCUUUGACAACACCAACAGCCAGUUCAGUAGCAGUGGCAGCAGUUAUUCAUCUUACCGUCCAAGAGGACCGGGUUGUGCACACGUAAUCGCUAAGUUCUUGAAUGCCAACACGGAUUCAUUAGAUGACAAAUUCACCAUGAGUAAAACGGAAGACCAGCGAGAAGCAGUGGACGCUGAACACUUUGAGGAGAACAUCCCUUCAAUCAGCAUGCGUGGCUUCUCACAGUUCGACAUCAAGUACCUCAUUCCCUUCUUCAGACGGAAAUUUACACCAGCGGAAAUGCUUGCUGGCCGUCACGAGAUGCAAGCGUUGACCGAGAAAUGGUACACCGGCCUUACAGGCCACUCGGAAAUGGGCUCUCUCGAGGAGCACCAAGACCUCACUGCUCCCGAUCCUGUCCAUGACGAGACAUCAUUAUAGCCUGUGUGUGCGUCGUCCCCUCCCCUCCAACACACUAUAAUACCCCAUAAUACCCCAUAUGUCCACACGUACACACACUCACGCAUGCAGGCACUCACUCACAGCAGACACAUACAUACUAAAGCUCUCCCCCUACUCCCCCCGUCCUGUGUCUAGGCAACCUAGCAAGCUCUGCGAGUCUAUUUAUUACCGGUUAAAAAAGGUUCAUCUGAAAACAUUGCAUGCAUGUCAUGAAGCAGAUACUCUCUGGCUGGCCUAACUCCUAUCGUUCAUACAUACUAGAUUCCUAUAGCAGUGGCUGCUGACGCAGCAGCAUACUGAUACUGAUACAGCAUACUGAUCAUUACUGAUCAUGAUGUAUUUUCACACACUUUUGGGUCAUGAUGGCCAUGUUGUUUUCAUAGUGAUUUCCAUAUCGACAGGGCUUGUGUGCCUGUGCGCCAUAUAUAAGUGAGGUUUUGUUGACUUCUUUAUUGAUGUUGAGCAUCCGAAAUUUUUAACACCAUGUACAUAAUAAUCAGCUUUUACCCUGUGAGUUGCUGCAGUUAAGGUAGCUCAUGCCGAAAUACCUUUUCCGAAAAUUCA